GGUAUAUCACCAAUGGAAGGCAGCGUAGCCGAGCUAAGGGAAACCUUCAAAAGUGGAAGAACUAGAAGUGUUGCGUGGAGGAAGAACCAGCUCAAGGCUUUACUUGACCUGGUAAAUGAAAACGAGGAGUCGAUUUUUAAAGCACUCCAUCAAGAUCUUGGAAAGGAUCCUGUUGAAUCAUACAGAGAUGAGGUUGGAGUUAUACAGAAAUCAGUCAGCUAUAGUUUGAGCUGUCUGGACAAGUGGGUGGCCCCUAAGAAGGGUGAAUUGCCAUUGCUUUUCUUUCCUGCAAAAGGACAAGUGCUGCCUGAACCACUUGGCGUGGUUCUCAUAUUCUCAUCUUGGAACUUCCCUAUCACUCUGACAUUGGACCCAUUGAUCGGAGCUAUCUCUGCAGGAAACACUGUAUUGCUAAAACCUUCAGAACUGGCCCCAGCAUCCUUGUCUUUUUUAAUUGAAACCAUUCCUCUUUACUUGGACAACAAAGCCAUUAAGGUCAUUGGUGGAGGAGCAGACGUUGGUGAACGACUACUUAAGCUGAAAUGGGACAAGAUAUUCUUCACCGGGAGUCCACGAGUGGGCCGCCUAGUUAUGACUGCAGCUGCAAGGUAUUUGACUCCAGUUACUUUAGAACUUGGUGGAAAAUGCCCUGCUAUUAUGGAUGCCCUCUCCAGUCCUUCAAAGACAAAGGUGGCUGCUAAAAGAAUUGUAGGGGGGAAGUGGGGGCCCUGCACUGGACAAGCUUGCAUCGCCAUAGAUUAUUUGCUUGUGGAAGAUAAAAUUGCGUCAACUCUUAUUGAGUUACUAAAGAAGACCAUCAAAAGAUUUUACGGUGAAAACAUCAAAGACUUGAAAAGCAUCUCCAGAAUUGUCAACAAGCAUCAGCUUCAGAGAUUGCAUAAUUUUUUAAAAGAUCCCCAUGUUGCAGCUUCAGUUGUUUAUGGUGGUUCAGUUAAUGAAGAAAAACUGGUGAUUGAGCCAACAAUCUUGUUAGAUCCUCCCCUUGAUUCUGAGAUCAUGACUGAAGAAAUCUUUGGCCCAUUGCUUCCAAUAAUUACACUGAAGAAUAUUGAAGAAAGCAUCGAAUUCAUCAACUCUAAGCCAAAUCCUCUUGUUAUUUAUGCUUUUACUGAGGAUGAGACCUUCAAGAAACGAAUUUUAUCGGAAACAUCUUCAGGAGCUGUAACAUUCAAUGAUUCCAUGGUUCAAUUUCUAUCUGAUACGCUACCAUUUGGAGGAGUUGGUCAAAGUGGCUUUGGGAGGUACCAUGGGAAGUAUUCUUUUGAUACCUUCAGCCAUGAGAAAGCUGUCAUGCAUAGGGCCUUCUUUCCUGAAUUGGAACCAAGGUACCCUCCAUGGAAUGAUUUCAAGCUGCGAUUCCUCAAAUUAGCUUAUAGGUUCGACUACUUUGGGAUAAUCCUCCUCCUGAUAGGGUUAAAAAGGUCUUAAUUGGAAUUGGACAAGCGGUUUAAAAAUUAUCAAACCCUCUUUGUUGCAUCUUUCCUUUAUUAAUGAAGCUUGUGGAGAUUGGCUACUGAACUUUUACAGGGAUGCCCUGCAAAUAAUAUAACAGGAAAUAUCUAAUCUUUCCUGUUUAUUUGCUUAACAUUUCUUGAUCUGAUGCAAAUUGUACUUAUUAAUAAUGUCUCUAGAUUCCCGAAAACAUGGAAUCUUUAUCUCAGGCUCCAUAUAUAAAGAUUGAAAAGUUG